AAUAUGCUGUCAAAAGCUGCACGCAAGUGAAAAUUAAUUUGGCACCGUCUGCAUAAAAAAUGAUACCUAAGAAGGCACAGGCAAACUCAUACAGAAACCGAAAGCAGGUCUGUGCUUUUCAGCUGAAGAAAACAAGUGCAGGUUGAACAAAGCAGAGAACAUGUUGAUUGAAAAACUGAAUUCGGACAUUUUGUGAAGCAGGAGAUGUUUAUUACGUUCAGAUGAAUUGUCAGGAUGCAGGAGAUGGAUUUAACUGCCGAACUGGAAACGGUUAAGCCAGAGCUUGUCGAUGUCCUCUGCCAGGAAUCAGAUGUUGUCCUCUGGCAGAUCACGGGUUACUUGAACCAAGAGGAACAAGCCAGAGUCAACAGAGUUGCCGAAAAGAGGAGCAGGCUGUCAUUAAUCCUGGACAUCAUUGCACAAAAGGACUGUAGAGCACGGUCAUGUAUCAUCCAGACUCUCUGUAUGGCUUGCCAGUUCUUGCCAAUGCAGCUGGAAACUCGAUUGAUGUCAGCAGCUGGUGAAGGAAGCUCUUUUGAUGACACUACUGAUCCAUUACAAGAGUUUUCUAGGCGACGACCUGCUGGAGAUUCUCUGUUUGAUGAUCCAACUACAAUAAAGCGACCCAGAACAGACCUUCCAGAAAUUUACAAGUCUUCUCUGAUGAGCAUGCUGCUGCAACGACAUGAAGAAAUGAACACUGGGAUAUUAAAACCUACUUCACUUGACCACAUUCCUAUAAACUUGAUGAGUAAGAAUAUGUGGAAGGAGCGAAUGGACAGGACUCGCAGAAAUCUCAGGGAUUUACAGAGCUGCAAAAGUGAAAUGGCCAGAUGUGUCAAAGUGCUUGAGUUGCUUGAACCAAGUAACACCUCUGAAUCCAGAGUUAUUGUACUUUUAGGAAAAGCAGGAACUGGCAAAACCAUGCUGAUGCAACACAUUACCUACCAAUGGGCAAAGGGAGCACUUCCUGACUUGAGUCUUAUCUACUUGUUUGAAUUCCGUCAACUUAAUUUAAUAAAGAAGAAAUUGACCCUCAGACAGCUGUUGUUUAACUUCUUCCAUAAGCCGGAAGAAGAUGAAGAUCUCGUAUUUGAAUUCAUAUGCACAAAUCCACAGAGGUUGUGCAUUAUAUUUGAUGGCUAUGAUGAGUUUGCUGGGAAAAUUGACUUGGUGGGAACCCACACUUAUAAUAUGGAGAAACCUGUCUCUGUCAUUGAGCUUUUUUCCGCUCUGUACACAGGAAAGCUUCUGAAUGGUUGUACUCUGCUGGUCACAUGCAGGCCCAAGGAUGUCCUAGACCUACCUCUCCAUGCUGUUGAUCAAGUGGGAGAAGUUUUAGGGUUUGAUCACAGGCAAGUAGAGGAGUUUACAAGGAACUUUUUUAAUGACUGCAGCUACAAGGAGCAAGCUCUCAGACACCUCAUGGAAGACCCAAAUAUUCUGAACAUGUGCUAUGUCCCAGCCUUGUGCUUUGUCUGUUGCAUGUGCCUGGACCACUCACUGUCUCAAGGGUGUGGGAAGUCACAACUGCCCAACACCAUGACUCAGGUUUAUAUUAAAAUGCUCUUGGCAUUCCUUAGCAAGAAACAAGCGAUAUCAGGUCCCAAGUGUUCGAAAACAUUACUGCAGAAGUACAGGCAGGAGAUUAAUGAACUCAGCGAGCUGGCCAUGAGGGGUCUGGAUCAAAGCAAUAUUGUCUUCUAUGCAAACGAUGUUUCAAAUUCUGUCAUUAAGUUUUUUUCUGAAAAUGCAUUUCUCAGUGUCUUUGAAGUGAAAAAUGAGGACAGAGUGAAAAAUGUCGGCUGUGCCUUCAUUCACUUGACCAUGCAGGAGUUUUUUGCUGCCUUGCAUCUGAUCACAAGUGACAGCAUCAAUGAGACUGAGCUGCGGAAGAGUUUCAACCUGAAAUCAAAGUGGAUUUCAAAAAACGAUCGUAAAACUGUGUUCACUGACAUGUUCCACAUUUUUGUUUCGGGUCUCUCGUCGAAAGAAUGUACCUCACUCCUGUCCACUCUGGCGAGACAUAAUGAGUCAUGGGUUGAAAAGCGACAAAGGGUUAUCCUGCACAUGUUAACAAAAUUAGGCACCAGCAAUUUGUCAGGUCCAAAAAUCAUCGAGUUGUGCCAUUGUGCUCAUGAAACCCAAGACCCUCAGCUAGCUGAGCUGAUUGGAGCUCAUCAAAAGUAUGAAUUUAGAAAUUUCAGACUGACACCAGUGGACAUGAAUGCUUUAGUUUACAUCCUGAAACAUAGCAGAAGAGAUGUUUGUCUUGAUAUUGCAGGCUGCUCAAUAGAAGUGGAGGGCUUGGAUGUUCUUCCUCGCUGUAGUGCUAUCCAAGGACUUGUUUUCCGCAGCCGAAAAUACAAUAAUGUAUUUGCUGAAGCCCUUGCUGCUGUUCUGCCUAAAAUUGAAUUUCUUCAGAUAUUUGAGUUUGUUGGUGGAAAUAUAAAUGACACUGGAGUGGCUAGCCUGGCUAGAGCUCUUCAAGACUGUCCACACCUCAAAGAGAUUAAUUUUAAUGACAAUUCACUCACAGAUCAGGGGAUUGCUGAAGUGACAAAUGUAUUCCACAAAGUGACCAGUCUCAGAAAAGUAAAUUUAAAUAACAACAUUGCUUCACUGGAUGGAGUUUUUACCCUCAUAAACACAAUGUGCUUGUGCAACAGCAUUGAAGAAAUACACAUUGACGGGAACAGAAAAGCUGAGGUGUAUUUUUCAAACAGAGCAGGACACCUUAUGAAGAGUGCUGUUAACUCGAGCAGUGCAAGCUGCAACAUAAAGAACAGGAAGAUCAGAAUCUCAAGUUGGAGAAUGACACCCAGAGAUAUGGAAAAUCUUUGCAAGAUUUUAGGAAGAUGCCCUGGUCUUUCUGAAGUUGACUUAUCUAGUAAUGAGUUGAAUGAUGAAGAAUGCAAGACAUUGGUUGAAAUGCUGCCUGAACUCCAAAUUUCAAAACAGAUUAUACUGAACAAUAAUCAGCUGUCUAGUACUGGAUCAUGCUACCUGUCCCACGCCCUGGUCAACUGCUCAAAUGUCACUGAAGUCUGGCUACAGUCAGAGAACAUUGUCAUACGAUUUUUAGAGCAACUGGUUGUGGAGCCUGAUGUCUGUAUAAGUGAUUCUACAGAUCCAGUCAAUAAACAUGUACAAGAACCAACACUCUUCUUUACAAAAAAGCUGAGGCUCAUUAACUGUCAGAUCCAAGUCACACAGCUGAAUGAGCUUUUUGAAACAGUCAAGCAAUGCUUUCAUCUAGAAGAACUGGACUUAUCCCAAAAUGCACUGGGGGACAGAGGUCUGAAGAUUGUUGCCCAAGUCUUACCAGAACUGCAAGAUGUAGUACAUAUAAAUUUAAGUGGGAACAGUGUCACAAUAGCUGGUGUCCUUUACCUGGCAGACUCCUUUAAAAAGUGCAAACAUAUCCGCGAAGUCAACAUACGCUCUGGGGGUGAAAAAAGCUUAACGAUAGCAUUCAAUACCAGCAAAAGAAGAAAUGUUGACACUGGCAAACAACAAGAAAAUGGCUUGGGAUGCACUAAAGUAUUCAGACUCAAAGAGACUGAUAUAAAGCAAGACGACAUGGACAAAUUAUGUAAAAGACUGGUGUAUUAUGAUGGAUUAUCAGAACUUGAUUUUUCUGACAGCACAUUAAGUGAUGAAUCUGUUGGCAGACUCCUCAACUGCUUAUCCCGCCUUUCAUCACUAAAUCUACUAAACAUAAGUAACUGUGGCAUUUCACCAGAAGGAGCUCUACUGCUGCUAAAGUCAAUAAUAUGCUGGAACAGAGUAACGGCCAUUGAGCUCAGGCCCAGAGGUAAAGCCUUCAUAAAAUUUGUCAAAAUGGAAGCUGCACAUACAACAUGCAAGUUUAAUGAAUACACUCUUGAUAAGAAAAUGAUAGAAAAGCUGUCAUGGAUACUCAAGCAAUCUCUGUGCCUCACUUAUCUGGAUUUAUCCAGCAAUUUUCUAAAAGAUGAAGGUGUUGCUUGUUUCCUGCAAUUCCUUCCUGGACUUCGAGUAAUGAAUGAAAUCAGUCUUAAUGAUAACCAACUUUCUCAGGUUGGAGUUCUGCAUUUGGUUGAGACAAUGACUACUUGCAGUCGAAUGUCGGAGGUUGACGUUUGUUUGGGCUCAAAUGAGAGAUGCCUCAUACGUUUUAUUUGGGAAGAAGAGAAAGCUGAGACACUCAGGCUUGAAUCUGAGAGGACAGCAGAACCACAGGGAAAGUCCAGGAGCCCAUCAAGAAGGAGAGCAUCACACAUCAGCUACCAUGCUUCUCAGUCAGUAAGCUUAAAGGAAUGCAGCUUCACGUUGAGAAAUCUUGAAUUACUAGCUUCCAAACUCCAGAAGUGCCUGAACUUAACCCAGCUUGAGUUAUCCUACAGCACAAUUCCAAGUGGAGGACUACAAGCCCUUGAGAAAACAUUAGCUGGUCUGAAAUCCCUAAAGAAGUUAAUAUUGAGAGAUAAUGGCAUAACAGCUGUGGAGAUCAGAAGUCUCAUAAAAGAGCUCGACAUUGCCCGUGAAGUGCUAAAUGUAAGAAUCGAAGAGCCAUGGGUUCAUGGUGAAGAUGCAGUCAUGCUAGUAUCAGAAUGCAUUUCUACAAAUGCUGCAUUAACAGAAAUAAGGGCUGAAAAACACACAAUUUACAUUAGUCUUGGCAACCAUAGCCUUUCCAGUGGCAAUUCCAGUGGGAAUUCACAUUUCACGCCCAUCAGUGAUAAAGAGGAGCUUCCUGAUGAAGUUACUAUCAAGUAUCCUGUUGAAUCAAUCAGCUUUAUCAGGUGUGGUCUGGUUGAUCAGCACAUCUAUCUUCUCAAACCCCUUGUUGAACAAUGCUGCGAAUUGCAAGAAUUAGAUUUGUCGAACAACAGCAUUGAAAGUAGGGGAGCACGGAUCUUGAUUGAACUUCUGCCUUCUUUAGAAAAAUUGAGGAGACUCAGUUUGGAGUCGAUGCGGGCAGGUGCGACUGAACUUGUGCAGCUGGCCAGGAGCCUUUCUAAGCUGCAGAACAUCGAGAGCUUAAGUUUUGCACACAAUAAGAUGGAAGAUGAAGCAACAGCAGCACUGGCAAAUAUUUUACCCUUGAUGCCCAAGCUGAAACAAAUCAAUUUCUCUUGCUGCAGUUCUCUCACUCCAGUCGGAGGUCUAAAGCUGAUUCAGGGACUUUCUAGUUGCACUUCCUUAGAAGACAUAAACUUGGACUCCAUUCCACUUAACAGUCAAGGCAUUGGACACCUGGCUAAAGGACUGUCUGCUAUGUCACUUGCAAGGAGGUUAAUCUUGAACAACAUCAGCACCAGUGUAGAAGACACCGUGCAACUGCUAGACUCAUUAAAAUCAUGCACCAUAUUGGAAGAAAUCAGCUUGAGUAACAAUCGGAUUGGGGACAUUGGAGUGUUGAAACUUGUUGAACAUAUUCCAAACUGGCAGAAGCUCAAAAAAAUCAAUCUGUCACAGAACAGCAUUGGGAAAACUGGAGGCGAGUGCUUAGCCAAGACUUUGACAGCUUGCAAGUUUAUCGAAGAAAUCAGCUUAGGAAAUAACAACUUCGGGGAUGAGGCUACAGCAAUGUGGGCAGAUGUUUUGUCCAAAAUGUCACAGCUGAGAGUUCUAAGUCUCCAGUCAAACAAAAUCAGCUCAGAAGGUUGUAUACGACUGGCUGAGGCUCUCCGUCUAUGUCCGCACCUGGAGGAAGUCAGCUUAUCGGAAAAUGAACUUGGAAGUCAAGGUGCACUAAAAUUGUCUCAAGCCUUGAGUCUCAUGCGAUCUUUGAAGAGACUAGAUCUGAAGCUGAUAAAUAUUGAUAACAAGGACUCAGUCCAUCUUGCUGCUGGCCUUGGACACUGUCUGACCAUUGAAGAGGUUAAUUUGUCCUGGAAUGGCAUUGGGGAUGAGGUGGCAGAGAAGCUGGCUGAGGUUCUCCCUAGAAUGAAGAACUUAAAAAAACUUGACUUAGAGUGCAAUAAAAUCACAGAGAUGGGAACAACCAAAUUAGCUGAAGUGUUAAAGAACUGCUCAGCAAUUAAAGUAAUUAGAUUAUGGAAGAACCAGAUGUCAAAUGAAAUGGCCAAAGCCUUUCAAAAUAAAGAUCCAAGGCUCAACUUUUCUUCUGUUAUUUUGUGAAUGUGACCAAAUGGAUCUCUAAAUGUCAGCAGACUCCUCAUGCUUCGGACUGCAGUUACAAAUCUGACUCAUUGAGAUUUCAUUUUGCAACUGAAAAGGUGUUGCCAGCUGCUAAGCACUUUAGAAAAAACUUUCUGCACGGGUACUGUGUGCUGUGUGUUGAUGAAUAGCCCUGACUGCUUGCAGGCAAAUGUGUUAAUUGUGCAAGAUGUGAGGUGAGUGUGCACACUAUAAUAGGUCUGUCUGUAUGUGAGGGUGUAUUUGGGGUAGUCAGCAUAUUUUCACACUGAAUAACUUUACAUUUUUCAAUGGUAGCGUUUGUGACUAAAUACGGUUUCUAUCAGUGUGUUUAUCAGCGUAAAUAUGUUCUUUGGGUAUGAAGAAUUCCAUUCUCUAUUCCUUUGAUAUUAACCAUAAAUACCAAAAUACUGUAGAAUCACAUUCCAUUGUAAGUUGAAACAAGAGAGAAACUCUGUCCCAAAGAAAACUGUAUCAAACACAGGAUCUUUAAAAGGUAAAAUAUUUAACUAUAAUGUGAGCACAUUCCUUAGUAUCAGCCUUUAUUAGCACCAUGAUUUGAAAAUUGUGAACCACCAGCAACACUCAGCAAGCUGAGCCCUAGGUGGUCCUGUAGGUGGUAAUUUCCUGGAGCUGAUGAGCACUAUUAUGCAAAAUUCCCUUAAAAUGUCAAACAAACUUCUGUUUAUAGGACUAGUAGUGCUAAAUGUUUGUCCUCCUUCUACAAAAAUAUUGAUUUUUCACUCUAAAUACACCUUGAAUCAUCAAAGCAGCUUUGGUUUUGGCUUCCUGCAGUGCUGUUCACAUAAUUUUAUUCAGAAAAUGAAUAGAUGGCAAAUAUUAUCUUACAGGCUAGUUCCAGACUUAGAACAAGGCUUAAAGCCAAAGAUCUGUGAGCAGAAUUUACAUGAGAAUGACAGCACUACAUUACAAACUACAAAUAGUUGCCUGAUUUUAGAGCUAAAAUUUUUGAGGUUCAUGUUGGCAUAACAAAUAUACAUGGCAUCAUGCACACGCACUGCAGGAACUGAGCAGAUUCUUACUUUGACUCACUGCUGCUGGACUAGACCUCCCAAGAAGGGAAGAAGAAGACCUGGAAAUGAGUGGAUGGACGGUAUGCCCUGCGCAUGCCAGUUAAAAAUUAGGACACUUUAACAUUUUUCCUGCUUUCGUGGCAUUAGAACUUCCAUAUUAUGCUCUCUAAUGCUAUCAGAGCAGAUCAUGAACAAAGAGAAUUAGCACUCAUGUCUAGCAUGACUUUAUAUGGUAUGUGAGGUACUUCAUGUUUAUGUUUAUUAUCGUAAGAACAUAUGUCUGCGUAAAGUUGAGAGGAAUGCAGUUUUUUUUUAAAUGUCUAUUUAAAGAAAUUAACAUUUGUAAAUUAUUUGUUUCUAGUUUAUUUGCACCCAGUGUGGGAUUUGUUUUGUUAUAUUUAAGCUUUACUUAAUUGCAAAAUACCAAAAAGAUGCACUUGUUGUGAGUUGUAUGUUAAUGUAGACAAAAAUGAAAAUACUUAAUAUAAGUAGGAAUUUUGGAUAUUCUGCUUUCAAUUUGCCUGUUUUUUCAUAUUUUUGCAGUUUAAAAAAUCAUAAUUUCUUUGAGUUUCUCAGCCUAUAACAGCUGAUUGGCUAUUAGUUGCCAUGUUAAGGUGUUAAGGGGAAUUACAUUGUACACAACAUUAUACAGCAGUUUGAGGUGCAGCUAUACUUCUUAAGGAUCUGAGGAUCACCUGAUGCAGGUGAAUUGUCUCAAAAGCAGCAAUAUUUAGCACUGAAGUGGCUUGGGCUGCCAAAGGAGCUGGGCCUAGAAUUUUUUAUUUUUACUUGCAGGCUUCACUCGGGAAGCGUGUGGCUUGUGACAUUCGUAUGAUUGUAGCAGCUGAAGACCAGAAAAUGUUACAUAAAAAAUUCCACUAAAGUUUGGGUGAAGUGGAAUGUAACUGAGGUUCAAGAGACUGUUUAGUAUAUUACAUCUGACUUGGAUGGUCACAGAUGGUGCUGCCAUUGAAAAGGGAAAACAAGGAAUUUUAAAAAUAAUGAAGAUCAUUCUUUAACUUGCUGUCACCCAUGAGACUGGCAAAUAACAAUGGUGUCUCAGUAUCUUCCAGCUAGUUUUGUAAAAGUUAUCAAGAAGUUUAUUUAAGCUAGGCAUCAUUAUUUUAUCCAAGACUCUCGUAAUCCUUUAUAUCCAAAAAUGUUUUUCAGUUAUGCACAUCUUCUAUUCACUUCCUCCAAAGUUUCACCGAUGUCCUUAAAUCUGUUAUUUAAUAUUUCAGUUUCAAUAAUUCUGCUAGAUGAAUUUUAUUGAUGUCUUUGGCAAUUUGGAUUCAAAUCCCUGUGCCACUCAAACACGGAAAUGCCCUUGAGCUCAUACUCAUACUCUUUUCUUCACAGCUUCUAUAUUGUUAGUGAAAACCUUCCAGUAUACUACAUACUAGUGCACUGUAAAAAUGAAAGUAAAUUUACACUAAAUUACUGGCUAUUAAUUGCAUUAGUUUCACAGCAUUCUAUUAGUGCUGGGCGGUAAGACCAAAAUUCUAUAUCACGAUAUUUUUCAAAAUUAUACCCUUUUUUUUUUUUAUGGUAUUUUUUUCCCAAGCAUGAGUGGAUGUUAACCACAUUUUCCACUGCAGUUACUGCAGUAGACUGGCUAAGAAUGACCUAUUCCACUGUCAUGAGAAUUAUACAUUGUACAAAAAGACAUUUUAAUGUGCACACGAGUAUUAAUCCAGGUUUGCAUGGCCCCAUAAAGUGAUAGUUUUCAAGGGGGUGGCACUAAUGAAGAGAAGGAAUCACAUUGCAUGACAGAUGCAGUUAAAAUAUAGUCUUUUUAUUGAACAAAUGUUGCAAACAACUAUAAUUUUGACAACUUAUUUUCAACCAUCCAAAGAGGCAUUUAGACUUAGUAAAAUAUCCAGAGGUGUUUGUCAAAAGUUCUAUUACACUGAACAUGUCUUAGAAAAGGAAUAAAUAUUAAAUAUCCAUAUUAUCCAUAUUACUAACCGAGAAUGGUAAACCGGAUGGCAUGGACGCAGGCACAUGGCGAAAACCGGAUGGCAUGGACGCAGGUACAUGGGACCAUGAGACAUACUGCGCAGGCGUAUACAGCACGCGUCUCAUAAACCGCAAGCGAAGUCGUAUCCACCGCGAACGAAGGAGUCACGGCCCAAACACGAAAGAGCUCAACUGACAUGAAUGAGAAAUGAAGCAACAACGCGCCCAUAGCUAACGACUAACGACACAUCCACACAAAAAAGAGGCUUCUGCGCUGCAGCCCAGAUUCAAACGGAAGAGGCUACGGAGGCCCCACAGGUCCACAAAGAUAGGACGCAGGCGUCACCGCCAUAUUGUGAGUGGCACUACUGCGGAGUGACAUUAGGAAUAAUGUGCUGCUUGGGAUUGUACAAACCGCUGAACGCUUUACACCAAAUUCAAAAACAAUACAGCUCGACGAUACAAACAUGAGCCCACCUGGAUAAGAUCAAUGGACGCAGGCGCCCACAACGCGCGUCUGAAACUGCGGAAGCAAAGCAGGCACACGAUCCAGCUCGACUAACAGAGCUACAAACACGAGCCCGCAUGGAUAAAGAAAAUAAACAUGGACGCCUACUACGCGCGUCUGCAACCGCGGAAGCAAAACUGUCUCGGCUCCAGCACCAAACAGCUCGACUAACGGAGCUACAAAAACACGCCAGCAUGGACAAAUACAAUGAACAUAGGCAUCUACAACGCGCAUCUGAAACUGCGGAAGCAAAGCAGGCACGGGGGGUUGGUGAGCGAAGCGAGCAGGGGGCAAAGCCCCCUAGUUUUUUAUAAACCAACUACACUUUCUGUUAAUGCUAACAAUCUCAGUCCACUGACACGUUAGCUAUAUGGAUUGUAAUGGCGUUGGUUAUCUCGAUCCACCGCUUGCAUUUUUUGUCGUAGGCAGUACCUCUAGCAAACAUGUCUACAAUCUUAGUUCCAUACAUUCAUGGUAUUCCAAAGCAUGUUUGUGGCUAAGGUGGUGCAGCAAAUUGAUCGUAUUGCUGCCUUCGGCGACAACUUUAGCUUGAAAGCAUUUGCAGUAAAUAGUUGUUUGAUCCACAUCCGACCUUUUAAAACCAAAGUAUCUCCAGACAACAGACAUGGCUCCUUUUUUCCAGCAAAAGUUCUUCUGUGUCAUCAUGUUCAACAGCUUCAGUUUUGGAAUGUUCUCUGUCCAUUUUCACCACUCAAUACCUCCACUAACGCAUGUACUCCGUUGCAUGUGUGUUUAGCGAACAUUGUUUAGGCUAUUUAAACCGGUGUUGCGGUAUAAGAAAAAUCCAUAUCAUAACAAAAAUAAAAAAUGGUUUUCGGUAUGAACCGGUAUUUCUCCCAGCACUACAUUCUAUUGUGUCGUAUUGCUGUAUAUUACAACAAAAAUACAAUUCCAUACAAUGGCUUCACAGUAAACUGUGCCACAAAGUUACAGUAAUAUCUUUCAUUUUUACAUGUUAACUGUAAUAGUGGCUAGUAAUUUACUGUAAAUUUACUAAAAACAUUUUAGUUAGAAGAUAUUGAAAAAUAAAACUACUCUAUAACCUAACAGUUAAAUAACUAACGUUUCAGCUACCAAUCAUUUUACCAUCAGUAUAUUUUAUUCCAAAAUUCAAACCUGUAUAGAUCAUCAUUUGUAUCCACUGAUACUAUUUCAAUGUUUAUUGGAAGUAGUUUGUGCUGUCUGGUGGAAAAGGAAGGGUUGCUCUCAUGAUGUGAGUUGUGCUACAGAUUCAAAGGUUUAUUGAAAAUAA